UGAAUAAAGUAUUAUUGAGUUACACAAAAAUUAAUCCAAACCUAUAAAAUUAAAUUAAAUUAAUUCGAAUAGAAAAUAAUUGAAUCGCACGAAAAUUGAUCCGAACAAAAUCUUUUGUAGGUAAGUUGUAUUUCCCAUCCUCCUUGGUUCCAUCUUCCCUCCAAGAACCUAAAACCCUCAAAACCCUGCCCCCUUUUCUCAUCUCAUAUACUUUUAUCAUCAUUUGGACUCAAUUUCCCAUGAAAUUAUAUCUACAAACAGUCUUUAUGUGAUUAAAUUUGAAGAAUUUCAGCCCAAAAAACCCAAAAAGAAUCAAUUUUUAUGUUACCAUUAUCAAGAAUGAAAUCACUCCUUUCCCCAGUACUUUCAAGACCCACCAUCAUGUUUGUAUGCAGGGGAUAUGGGGUUCUUAGCACUUUCAAGAACCUUAAUUCUGCUCAAACAAUGAACCCCAUGAGUAAAGUUUCUUCCUUUAGGUGUUCUACUGUGCAAAAUCAUAGUCAAAUUCGGGUCUUGAGUAGUGAGGCAUCGGGUUCUAAUUCUGGUUCUGGUUCUGGUGAGGUUCAUGUGAUUGUGGGUCCUAUGUUUGCUGGAAAAACUACUACACUUUUGAAGAGGAUUAAGUCUGAGAGAAGCAAUGGCAGUUUUCAGGCCAAUGGAGUAAAGAAUUCCCUCUAUUUGGAUGAGACGAUAAAAGGUCUCUGUUUCUCAGGAAGGGUGGCUGAAGCAGUUGGAAUAUUGUGCUGCUCUGGUGUACAGGUGGAGGCAGAAACUUAUUCCCUUGUUUUACAAGAGUGCAUUUUCCGCCAAGCGUAUAAGAAAGGGAAAAGAGUCCAUUGGCAAAUGAUUACUGUCGGCUUUGUUCCAAAUGAAUAUCUGACUGUUAAGUUGUUAAUUUUGUAUGCAAAAGCAGGAGAUUUGGAUACAUCACACAAUAUAUUUGAUAAGUUACAAUUCAAAAGCUUGGUUUCGUGGAACGCUAUGAUUGCUGGGUAUGUGCAGAAGGGCAUGGAGGAAGUAGGCCUGAGUCUGUACCAUGAUAUGAAACAGAAAUAUGUACUUCCAGAUCAGUAUACCUUUUCAUCAGUCUUUAGAGCCUGUGCCUCUUUAGCUGUCUUGGAGCAGGGCAAGCAAGCACAUGCUUUGUUGAUUAAAAGCCAAAUUAGUGGAAAUAUUGUAGUUAAUAGUGCACUUAUGGACAUGUAUUUCAAGUGUAGUUCUCCAUCUGAUGGCUAUCUCGUGUUUAGUAAGUCCUUGGAAAGGAAUGUGAUAACAUGGACUGCUCUGAUAUCAGGGUAUGGACUAAAUGGAAGAAUAAAAGAUGUUCUGGAAUCAUUUCAUAGGAUGAUAGAUGAAGGAUAUAGGCCAAACCAUGUUACGUUUCUGGCAGUUCUUUCUGCUUGUAGCCAUGGAGGUCUGGUAGAUAGAGGUAAGGAGUAUUUUUCAUCUAUGAUGAGAGAUUAUGGGCUUCAACCAAGAGGAAAGCACUAUGCAGCUAUUGUGGAUCUUCUAGGCCGUGCUGGAAGAUUACAAGAGGCUCAUGAGUUUGUCAAAAACUCACGUUGUGAGGAGCACCCAGUAUUAUGGGGCGCUUUACUUGGGGCUUGUAAGAUUCAUGGUGAUAUCGAGAUGGUAAAACUUGCUGCUAGAAAUUUCUUCGACUUGGAGCCUGAGAAUGCAGGCAAAUACGUUGUCUUAUCUAAUGCUUAUGCUUCUUUUGGUUUGUGGAACAAUGUUGCGGAGAUAAGGAGACUGAUGAAAGACUCGGGGGUGAAAAAGGAGCCUGGUUAUAGUAUGAUUGAGGUUCAAAGACAAGCACAUUUCUUCUUUAUGGAACAUAAUGCUCAUGAACAGACUGUUGAAAUGUAUAAAUUGGUCAAAGAUAUGGCAGGCAUCUUAAAAGAUGCUGGCGAUGUUCAAGAUUUACUGAGUUAAAGAGAAAAGACAAAUGACAAUAUAGCAUGAACAUUUGAUUGAAUCCUCAGCCACUUAGCUGCAAAGAGUCUUAUUGAACGGGCAAUUUGCUGUAUCUCGAAAAGUGCCAUGCAUGUUACACUCAAGCUGUAUGCUCGUAUCCUUUUAAGCUAUAAAAGUGGAAACACUUUCAAACA